ACCUACAUAUACUGCAGAUCUAGACGCAAAAUGCUCCUCACUGCACGCCUUUCUUCCCAAGUGGGCAUCGUGACUCAAGUUAAUUAAAGCCAUGUCGUUAGAUUCGAUGCUAGACACGGCUCUGCUGAGUCCACGUGUCUUUGAUGAUUGCAUUGCAUGGACAUCGUCACUCAAUAUGAAUGACAUCUGCGGUAUCUUAUUCGUAACCAUCCUCACAGCAAGCAUAUGGUACUACUUUUCGCCGCCCAGACAGCGCCUCGUUCCCGGAAUACCGGUAAUUGGCGAUGCCGGUAGCAAGGAGAGAAUCCGAAAUCGGGAGCGCUUUCAACAUGGCUCUCAGGCCAUGCUCGCCGAGGGGUACUUCCACAACAACGUCGGCGGCGGAUUCUUCUACGUGCCGUCCCCUCUGGGCGAGCGCCUGAUGAUUCCGGUCGGCUACCUCGAAGAUCUGAAGACGGCGCCUGUCGGCAAGGUCGACUUCGUGGGGACCUUCAUCGAGAUGUUCGAGGGCAAGUACACGACCUUCGGCAGUCGCAGUACGCUGCACCCUAGGACGGUCAAGGCGGAUCUGAACCAGCACUUGCCAGACGUCAUGCAGAGUGUGCAGGAUGAGAUCGUCGAAGCGUUCGACCAGAUCUUCCCGAAGUGCUCCGAAGAGGAGUGGACGGAAGUGCCUCUCGUAGACGUCAUCACGCGCAUCGUCGCGCGCGUCUCGUCCCGCAUGUUCGGAGGACGCGAGCUAAGCCGCAACUCAUCUUGGGUAGCCGCAUCUAUCGCGUUCGCCAUCGACGGGUAUGCCGGCGCGCAGAAGCUGAAGAAGUACCCCGAGUUUCUCAAGCCCCUCGCCGCGCGCCUGAUCCCCGAGGUGCGCGUCCUCGCCAAGUAUCACCGAGAGGCCGAGAGAGCCGCGCUCCCCAUGCUUGCGGAGCGGAAGCGCACGGGCGAGCGCCCGAAGGACCUGCUCUCGUGGAUGCAGGACGCCGCGGUGGACGAGGAGACCGACCACCGAUUCAUCGCGAGGAUCCUGCUCAAGAUCAGCUUCGCAGCUAUCCACACCACCGCUGGGGCGAAUAGCCAGUUAAUCUUUGACCUCUGCGCACACCCCGAGUUAAUUCCCCUUGUGAGAGAGGAGUAUGGAAGGGUCGUUGAUGAAGACGGGAAGAUUGGUAAAAAGGGGUUCUUCCAGAUGCACGUUAUGGACAGCAUCAUGAAAGAAAGCCAGCGAUUUAAUCCGCUCUUGUUAAUUACGUUCGAGCGUAUUAUUAUCGAGGACUGGCGCCUCUCGGAUGGCUUCGUGAUACCGGCACAUAUCACCAUCGGUGUGCCGGCACAGGCCAUCGCCAUGGACCCAAAGCUGUAUCCCAAGCCCGAGACCUUUGACGGUCUAAGAUUUGCGAAACUGCGCCAGACGACCAAUGAUCCGGCUACGAAAGGCAAGGCGCAGUUUGUUGCAGCGAAUCCGCAGAGUAUGGCGUUCGGGUACGGAAGACACGCGUGUCCCGGUCGCUUCUUCGCUGGCGACGAAAUCAAGGCGAUCACGAUGUAUCUGCUGAAUAACUACGAUAUCAAAUUUGCAGAGGGACAGGCACGACCUAAGAGCUUGGAGGUCGAGACGCAAUUCUUGCCGGAUCAUGCUGCUACCAUCCUGUGUAAGAAACGAAGGAUAGCCUGAAGACCGCUUUAUUCGCACGUGGUGCAAUGAUCUGCCAUAGGCGAUAUGCAAGGUCGUAUUUAGAUAGGCGUUGGGUGAUCGAUACUACUAUGGGUAUGUAAAUAUACGGGUAGGUAGGUAGAUAGCGAUUUCAAGGGUCCCUACCUUAGCGACCCACGAUGUAUGCUUAAUAUAAGCUUAUAGCGAUCUAUGAUCGAGUUACAUUGGAGGUUCAUCUAUAGUGCUUCAAAG